UGUUUAUGUUUUCGGGAGGUUGCAGUCAUUGUUAAAUACAAUGUUUGGCGUAAUCUUUUGAAUUAUGGUCUGUAAAGUGAUCCGUAAAUAACGAGAAGUGGUUAUCAGUAUUUUUGAUACGUCUUAGAAUGAUUAUUUGGCUAUACAAGUGUAUUGCAUAGGGAUGGCCCCUUCGCGUUCAAGGAGUAGAUCAAGGAGGAGAAGGUCGAGUACUUCUAGUGACUCUUCUUCCGAAAACUCGAGGAGUAGGAGAAACACACACAGGGAUGCAUCGAAAGCCAAGGAGUCGCGAAGUUCUAAGGGUUUCAGGGACAGAGAUGAACAUAGACACGACGAUAGGAACGUCAGGGAACGUAGAAGGGAGUCGCCGAGGGGUGCUUCCAGAACCAGAGAACCUAGUCGCAAAAGGGAUGAAACCAUAAACGAUAGGCUGAGAAAAUUGUCGGAAAAUGGAUUCGUCAAACCUGCCAACAAAUACAACAGGAAAGAGGAGGAAAACCGUGGCGGCCACUGGCACAAGAAGCGGAGGGACAACGUAGAUCUUGAGGAUGAGUUUUGGACAUAUCGUAGGGAAGAAAGGGAGAAAAUAACAUUUGUCGGAGUUCCGACUGUCUGGGGAAAAUCACCUCUUCGGCCAUCUGAGAAUUAUGAAGAAGUGGAUGAAUCCCGCUUGGUAAAUAAAAAUCUAUCUGAAACAGACAGCGAUGCUAAGAAGAAAAAGAAGAAGAAGAAGAAAGAAAAAGAAAAGAAAAAGAAAAAAGAAAAGAAACUUAAAAAAGAAAAAAAGAAGCACAAGCACAAGAAAAGGAAGAAAAAAGAAACCAGCAGUUCAAGUGGAUCAGAAGAGAGUGAAGAAGAAUGGGUUGAAAAGAGUAUACUCCAAACAACAAUGGAAGAAGAAGAAGUUGGUCCUGUGCUCAAAUCGCACACAUUAUCCCAGAAAGAUUUUGGUAAAGCUCUCCUUCCUGGUGAGGGUGCUGCAAUGGCAGCUUACGUUGCUGAAGGCAAACGAAUUCCAAGGAGAGGUGAAAUUGGACUGACUUCAGAACAGAUCGCUUCAUAUGAAUCUGUCGGCUAUGUCAUGAGCGGAAGCAGACAUCGCCGAAUGGAAGCUGUACGUCUCCGUAAAGAGAACCAGAUUUAUUCAGCUGACGAGAAGCGUGCUUUGGCUAUGUUCAGCAAGGAAGAGCGGCAAAAGAGAGAGAAUAGGAUAUUGACGCAAUUCAAGGAUAUGAUCAGCAGCAAACUUUCAAACAAUACCGACAAUUCUUAAUUUGUUUUGUGUUUAUAUUAACUCUAUGUAAAUAAAAUUUUAAUAAAGUAUUAUUGUUUAUGUAAGAAGGAGCAGAAACAAUUAGUCUUAAAAUUUUGGAUUGAAAACUUUGUAAUCUUUGAAUAUUGGAUUAUAUUUGGCUGAUCCAUAAGCUUGGCACCCAUACGUCCAUAUAGUUUUGAGUAAGUAUGUAUAUCUACACAUGUAUCAAAAGUUUUAAUUUUAGUAGUAAUUUUGAUUGUUGGUUUAGUAGGUACUAAAGCAUUUUAAAGCAUUAAAUGGUUUGUGAAGGGUC